GAGAAGAUGAGUGCCAGGGUGGAUGUGGAAACAAACUUUGCCGAAUGUGUCUUAAAUGCAGGAAAAAUCAUCGUUGGGAAUUAGCAAAGGAAAGAAAUAGAAGCCUCAAUAGCAAAAGAGACGGAAUAAAAUUCAAUCAUCAUGAAUGCAAUAUGUGCUCUGCUUAAUGCUAGUUGUGGAGUAGUCAAGGCUGAGAUUGAGAACAAAAACUACAACUAUGGGGGCUCUUUAGAUGAGAUGCAGCAAGGAGACCUCUUUCUGGCUUUUGUGAAGUCAUGGAAUGCUGAGGCUUCUGGUGUAUGACCGGCUACCUUGUCCUCCAAUUUGUACCAUAGAUACAGAACAUCAGCUGAUGUCAUGCGUUCUCAGGAAGCACUGGCAUUCCUCGAAGGGAGAACUCAAGACUUUUACAUGUCCCGGUGCUUUAAUGAGAGUCUCCCCAGUUGUGUUUCUGCACUUGCAAAUACUGAAGGAGGGUAUAUAUUUUUUGGUGUGCAUGAUGAGACUAAUUAAGUCAUUGGAUGUGAAAAGGAGGAAAUAGAUCUUGUCGCCUUGAGUAAUUCUAUUGGUUACUGUAUUAGGAAGCUACCUGUCCAUCAUUUCUGCACACAGAGGCAUGAGAUAAAAUACUCUGUCAAAUUCCUUGAAGUGCAUGAUCAAGGGGCCCUCCAUGGAUAUGUCUGUGCAGUCAAGGUGGAACGAUUUUGCUGUGCAGUGUUUGCCAAAGUGCCAAGCUCCUGGCAGGUGAAGGACAAUUGUGUGAAACAGCUGGUAACAAAGGAAUGGAUAGUUUGGAUUAUGGAAGCUGACCCAGAGCAGUUAUCACAGUCACCAGGCCAUCUUGGCAAUGGCGCAAUGGAACCCUACCUGGAUGGUUUCACCAUUGGACUCCCUCCAAUUUCCUAG